AUGCCAAACUGGACUCACUUGAUUCGCUUCAGGGCCGUCGAAGAUGGUCAAGUUCAUCUAGGGCAAGUAAUUGAUACUUCACGAGACGUUGGAAUCGACUGCUUGAAUGGCGUCGAGGUCAAAGCUUUCUUAAUUAAUGGAGAUAUAUUCAACGGUACAGUGACCGAUAAUAUACUUACCGUAGAUCAUCUACUGUCCCCAGUUAGCCGAGAGCAGUGUAACUACAUUAGGUGCCUCGGACUCAACUAUAGAGAUCACGCUGAGGAAGGCGGAUUCCCGAUUCCAAGCGAGCUCGAAGUUUUCACAAAGCCUCGAGCGGCACUCACAGGCCCAUAUCCGGCAGCAAUUACUAUUCCAAAAUGCGCCCAAGACGGAACAAGCGACUACGAAGCCGAACUCUGUAUAAUAAUUGGCAAAACUGGUCGAGACAUUCCCGAGGAUAAGGCUCUGGACUACGUCCUUGGGUAUACUGCAUCAAACGAUGUUUCGGCGAGAACCCUGCAGCUUGCGGCUAAACAAUGGUCAUUUUCAAAGGGCCUUGACAAUAGUUGCCCGAUAGGGCCAGUGCUUGUUUCUCCCUCGGUCAUUGAUGAUCCACAGUCUCUCAGCAUCAAGGCGAUUUACAACGGCCAGACGGUUCAGGAUGGUAACACGAAGGACAUGAUCUUUUCGAUCAAGAAGCAAAUCUCUUGCCUUUCUCGAGGAACGACGUUGGAAGCAGGAUCAAUCGUGCUGACUGGCACGCCGGCUGGUAUUGGGUAUUUCCGAAAGCCACGUGUGAGCUUGGAGAACGGAAGCAGGAUUGAUAUACAUAUUGAGAGAAUUGGAACGCUGGUGAACAAGGUAAAAUAUGAUAUUUUAUAA